AUGAGACACAUUGUCUACACUGCUCGUGAAUUGCUGCGUCUACGCCACAAGCCUCCCCAAAAAGACAUCUCCAACAAACUCGUCUCCAAGGUCUUGGAAGACAGAGAAUUAGAAGACAUCAUCCGCACCCCUUUCGUGAACAGUCCAUCACUGUCCCUUAUCAUCGAAGAGGGUAACUCCAGCGACGCUGACGAGAUGCAUCGACGUCCUGCGCAGCAGCUUGACGGUACCGACUCGGAUCGCAAGUACCGAGGCCGGAGUGAUUCUGAGCUUGAUCGGGCACCGACUGUUGCUCCAGCAGAUCUUGCAACCCAGAAAUCGGAAGGCUUUCAGAAGUUUUACAACUCUGUUGUUUCCCCUACCCAUGUUCGGGUCACUGCUGGUGGCCGAAUCGUGCCUAACACUCGAGGGCCUCACUCUCCUACAACCAAAUGGAGCCGCGAGCGAAGCUCGAUCGAUGGACAGAGCCAGGCUCGUAACAUGAAUGGUAACCAGCCUGAGGGCGUUGCUUAUCCUGUUCUUCCUCCUAGCUGGGGCCACUUUGCUCCCAUGGUUCCUCCACAUGCUCCAGGGACUUUACCAGGAAUGGCACUUCGACCUGAAGGGAUGCCUUUUAUGCCUCCUCCUAUGGGUUACAACUUGGCUCCCAUUUCAUACAGUCAGUUUCCUACCACUGGUCUUCCCAUGCAGCUCCCGAGUCAAGCUGCUUCUUAUGGCAAGCUUCCGGACGCGGGUAUGGAACAGGCACGAAAUGUUCACCUCUCUCCUACCGAUCAGUUCGACAACUCCCGACCAUUUCUCUACAACGGACAGUGGUGGAUCGCAAAUGGAGGUACUCUAUACCCUAUCAGCAUGCCGCCUCAGAUGAGCUUUGCAUCCCCUGUUGUCCCCAGUCCAUCGGCUCCUCGCCCCAGUGUUGAUUUCAACGCAGCUCCUGCUAGAUAUGGACACCCAUCGUCACGACAGCCUGAGCAAUUACCUCUUCGCUUACAGAAUGAGCCUUCGCGCUCCGCCAGUCCUCCAGUGUCGUCAAUUCGUCCGAGCUCGAUUACCCAGAAGCAGCUUGAGGUUCUUCGCAGUCAAAAACGCUACCAUCAAGACCAACUUCGGUACAACAAGCACCAGAUCGAUGUUCGAGACAUGGAAGAGCAGCUUGAGAACAUUUGCCGCGAGAUUGAGCAUUUCGAGCGCAUGCUGACGACUCAGCUCGAGUUCGAGUCCAGGAAGUAUCCCCCAGAGGUCGUGUCUCCUAACGGACCGCCUUCCAACUCAUCCAAUGACUAUGGCAAUAGCAACAGCGAGUCCGACGGCCUAAACGCUGUAAAUGCAGUGCAUCUCUCGGGCUUCGGGAAUAAAUCGACGGUCGACGAGACUGGUGGCACCUUUCCACAAAUUGCGAGUGUUCAAAGCCGGCUGCAAAUCACGGCAGACCCUUCGGCCAAGAACUUCAGCAAUGCGUCGAAGAAUAACGAUGUACAACAGCGUAAGCCAUCAAGCCUUCCGAUCCAUGCUGCUUUGGCGCCUGUCUUCCAGCCGCGCUCAGAUCUAUCGACUUCCGCUAUCGCACCCACUGAGGUGGAAGAAGUCGACGAGGGGGCACAGAUCCGGCAAUACGAACGCAUGUACAAGAACGCUGAGGGCUGGCGAACGUUCUUCAGGAACAAGCUCCAUGCUGACAAGAGUAUGGGUCCUCCCUAUCUCAUUGGGAAGCUCAAGCCAGGAGUCCGGCCAGAAAACGCCAGAGACACUGAUUAUGUGUACGAUCGUGAGCUGACACCAGAGGAGGAGCGUGCCCGCUUCACAUAUUGGGGACGAGCACCUUUUAUCUUCGAGAAUGGACUCCCUCUGUAUGACGGCAAGAAUUUCUAUCCGCCCUGCGUUAUCAAGGAGGAGCCUGUUGGCGCUGAUGAGUCUGUUCCGCAAAACGCCUUUGGGCCAGAUGAGUCAAAGACGCCGCCUAUGAAGCCCAAUGAGGUUGAUCCCUUCCAUGCUGUCUCCCAAGCUACCAGGCCUUCUGCCCGUUACGCUUUUGAUGAUGCUACUCGCUCUGAGUCUUUGCAUCGUACCGACGACUCUCUCCACGCAAGCUCAACCUCCGAGGUGCCACGAUCUGAAUCCCACGCUGCUCAUUCUGGAAGUCGAUACCUGGAAUUUCGCCGUGCGAUCAAUGAGCGUCCACGAAUCCCGAGUGAGAAGUUACGUGCUAGAGCUUCAGACGACUCGGGUGACGAAGAGGGCAAUCUUCUCUUCAAAGGGCGCCGGGUUGAUCGAGAUGCGAGCAAGUAUCCGAAAGACAUCUGGUCCACGAUGCGAAAAAAUGGGAAAACGAGCGCGAACGUAGUUGCAGGACAAGUCUCCCCUAUGACUGCCCAAGGCGUGCUGCCUCAUUACGCUGGGCAUGCCACUGCAUCCUUAACUCCUGCAGUUACGACCAACUCUCGUGGUAAUAGUGCCAAGCUGGGAGACGUGAACGCUUCCCCAACAGGAAACAUCACUGUCGGAAGACGUGAAGAGAACAGACCGCCCCUUGAACUUCUUGAUCAACAACUGCGCGGCGUCAGCCUUCAGGACAAGAGCCACCAUGGGUUCUCUACUCGCUGA